AUGGCGUUGAAUUUGAGCGAGUCCAGACGGCUUGCUUCGCGCAGGAAUGUCUCGCAACCCACACCGCCGAGACUGGCACCUCUGCCAGACAACGCGCAUGGAGGGAGCCUCAGGUAUCACCUUCAGCAACAGCGGAAAAUAUCACGGACAGUGUCGCCCAAGCCCGACCGGUCGCCGAGGGUCGGUAUUGGGAGGGUUUUCACGCCUUUGCAACCUGCCUUUGACCCCGGGACAAGCUAUCGCUAUCAUUUCUCGACUUCUACUCUCGCGCGAGCCCAAAAGGCGAAGGAAUAUCUGGACCUGAUGGCACAGUAUCGCCGGGUUCUCGAGUUGGUCCCCCCACUGGAGCCUGAGCGGACAGCGCGACCCUGGACUGCCACACCUCCAGUCACGCCAAACGGCUCUGCUCCGGUGUCUAGGACCACAACCAACGAGUCGGAGGCAAAGAUUGGGCGGCCGUAUAACCCGCUCCAAUACAUACGGAAUCGGAAGGUGCGAGCUCGCGAGAGGCGCACUAUUGACGGCGAGGAGCAGGGCUUUACGGAUGUCAUGAAGGUUUCCGAGUGGGUCGACGACGUGGCCAAGUGGGUGGCCACCGGGCAAGCUCGUCAACUCGGCAAUCCCAGUCUGCCUCCGUUCCCAGGUGCGCAGACGGCGGACUUGCAAACUUCUCCGCCGCCGGCGAACGCGAGGGCGGCAGCCACGACGAAGCCUAAGCGGCCCCGCGUUGACUGGGUGAUUGAUCCGGCGGACAUGUUGGCAGACGUGCAGUGGCUCGAACUCGACGAUAACAAGAGGCUGGUCGAAGACCGCCAUUGGAGGCGCGUCUUCCCCCAAGCCCCCGAGGCACCUAGGCCGAUGUCUCGCGAUGAGACGCCCCGUCUAGCAACACCAGGCUCGGCCAAGGUUUCGCUAGAAGCACACACUCCCGGCGAGAAGGCGACUCCGGACCCGUUACCAAGGCAUGAGCACGAACAUGUACUCAUAGCUGCGAGGGAUCGAGCUCAGCAGAAGUUCAGGGCGCUAAAGGGCUCACAUCACCGGCAUACCAGCUCAUUCACUAACCGUGACCUGCUCCGCCUCCACCGGGGUUCGGCCUCGGAGUCAUCCGAUACGGACAGCGAUCGCCGACGGCGGGCGAAGAGCGGUAUUCCUCCCAACACCGUGAGGUCCGUCUUGGAGAAGCAGAUGGAAGAAAUGAUUGCCCGCGAGCAGCGGGAGGCCGAGUUGCACCCGCUUUAUGACCACGAGGCGAAACGUAUGAAGUUCGCACCGAUGACCCCAGAGCGAGAGCCGAGUGCUAGUGGACAUCGCCGCGCAGAGUCCCGCGCAGAGCUGAGCGAGACGGAAACCAAGGGUCUCGGACCGAGGUUGCGCCCGUUGCCUAGGUCACCGCCAUCACACACCGGGCGAGCUAGCUUGGAAGUUCCGACGAGCAGACGCUUUUCGGUUGACGAUGAUACGUCGCAGCCAAACUCGCCAAACCUGCGGCCGACCCCUGACGUCGGCUUGGUGCCGGCGCUGGGGAUGGACUUGUCUCCCAUGUCUAGUAGAGCGGGAUCACCUCACCGUAACCCACUGACGAGGGUCAAGAGCAUCUUCCGGGAACGCAGCAAGGAACGUAACGCGGAUGCCCAUCAUUUAGGAGAAGACGGGGUUACCCUGGCCCCACAAGACCCCUGGGCUGGGGCCCCGGAGCCGACUGGGAGCGGCGUUUCGUCGCCGCAGCGGAGGCCCUCGAGGAGUCCGAUCGGCGAGCGGAUACUGGGUCACCGGUCACAUAAAAGCCUCAGUGGUGCCAAGCUACGUGGAGAUGAUGGCGGGAUAAGCUUCCGGUCGCUGCUCCGCGGCCCGCGCAUCGAUACCGUGCUGCGCAGCGGCGUUUCCAAGGUUAGCGAUAUGAUAUGGCGGAAAGACGGCGAUGACUCCUCCAGCACUUCGUCCGACGACUCUGAGGCCGAGUCUAGGGGUAGAUCGCGCGGGCCCCGGCAUGGCCGCAGCCGCUCAGCGCACGACACAAACACCCUGCUGGACCCUUCACUGCUACACAACUACGAGUCUUCUUCCCAGAGCCAGCUCCAGUACCCGUUUGUACGGCCUAUCAGCCGGCGGUCUUCAAGGUUCGACUUGCUCAAGCCGCCGAGGAUCGAUGUGCAGAACGCAUCCCCCAGCACCUCGCCGCCCCCGGCUCAAGUGCGCAACCAAGCACCUGCCGAGACCGACACGGAGUCGCAGAUCGGACCGGAUGACACCCGAGCUACCUCCAUCCGCCGUGACACGGCACUCGCCUUACCUCACCGUUCCACCAUACCCGCCAACCGGCAGUGGUCCAUCGCCGAUCGCCACACAACCUCUGGUUCGACUGCAGUUUCCAAGCGCGAAAUCGCUCGCCUCCGCGCGCUCCUCCUCAGCGCGGGCAUCCACGCCACGGAAAUGGACCGCCGCGCCAAAGCGCGCAAGCUCCUCCCCUCCCCAACCACCACCAUCACCACCACCAACCCCCCUCAAUCCCUCUCCUGGACCGAAAUCGCCCAACUCGCCCCCGACCCAGCCACCUCCCACCGCCUGCUAACGACCCCGCUCGCCCAAACCGAAGCCUACCCCAUCGCGGCACGCACCCUCGCCGCCUCCAUCCAGUCCUCCACCUCGGACCUCCAAACCCUCUCCUCGCAAUUCCUCUCCUCCACCGCGCCCUCCCUCCUCCACCGCGUCGAGUCCCUGCGCGCCAAGGUCGCGCACGAGCUGACCGACCUCGCGCAGUCGGCCAUCGACGACGCCGACGCUGCUAAUCAUGAUUUGGUGGUUGGUCAGCGCCUCAAGGUGAAGAACGUGCUGGAUGCGAUGGAUAAGAUGUUGCGGCGGCGGAGGAGGCGGUUCAGGUGGAUUCGGAGGGUCGGGUGGUUGCUGGUGGAGUGGGUGCUCGUUGGGUGUGUGGUGGUUGACUUUGGAUGGAUGUUUUGA